AUGCCGAUGAUUGUUUUCAUUUUCAAGAUCGUUGUUGUCGUGGCUUUUGGAGUCGAUAUAGUUCAUGGAGGAAUAACUUCUAUCAUUGGAAACCCUGUCAAAGUAAUCAAAGAUGAACUCGAUGGACUAACGUUCAUUGAUCAAAGACUCUCUGUUGUCUACCCGUUGAUACAAAGCUUCAAGAACACCAUCUCCUCCGACCCCCUUAACAUCACUGGAUCUUGGGUGGGGUCAGAUAUAUGUAGUUACAGAGGGUUUUACUGUGACAACCCACCAGACAACAAAACUGCCAUCACUCUUGCAUCCAUCGACUUCAAUGGAUUCCAACUCACAGCCCCAAGUCUUGAUGGUUUCCUUGACCAACUACCCGACCUUGCGCUCUUUCAUGCUAACUCUAACUUCUUUUCAGGCUCCAUCUCUCCAAACAUAGCUAAGCUUCCUUACCUGUUCGAUCCCACCUCAACUCUUCACAAAAGACUUGGACAUCUUGUUUGUGAACAACAAUAA